UUACCACGUGACAGGAGUGAUGUUUCUCUCGCUGUAGCAGCCAUCAUUAUACUCAAUACCAGUCCAUCCUAAAAAAGGAAAGAAGCACAAGGAUAAAACGACCAACCAUGGAUUAACACGGGAGAAUUAUUAUUUUUUAACGAUAUUUAAUUACAUCGCCUUUUCAUCUAUGAUUUGGGUUCUUGCUUUUACAUUACUAAAGGUGGGCUUGACGUGCAUCUGCUCCGACUUGGUAUCCGAGCAACUUGUGACACAGAAAAGGGAGCACCCAUCCCUCCUGAUUGGCUGACUGGAAGCCAGGAGUAAAGCAUUGGACCCCCGCUGACUUUUUUUUUUUUUUUUUUUUUUUUUCCCUCCCCCCCCCAUUCCUUCUAUCUGUUUUUCUCUCUCCCUACACCACCAGCACUGAAGGCGGAGGAGGGGGGUGGGUCAAGGAGUUCGGGAGGAUAAAACCACCCAGCAUGGGGCAGAAGGUUCCGGGAGGCAUCAAAGCAGUGGACAUGCGGGACCCGGCGCUGCGGCCCCUCAAGCUGGAGCUGCAGGCGCAGGACUAUGCCAAGCCCUCGCGGCUGGACAUGCUGCUGGACAUGCCGGUGGCAGGGCAGGACGUGCAGGUGCAGCACUCGUGGAACAACGACGACCGCUCGCUCAACAUCUUCGUCAAGGAGGAGAACAAGCUGAUCUUCCACCGGCACCCGGUGGCCCAGAGCACGGAUGCCAUCCGCGGGCGGGUGGGCUACACGCGCGGCCUCCACGUGUGGGAGAUCCACUGGGCCAUGCGCCAGCGGGGCACGCACGCCGUGGUCGGGGUGUCCACCGGCGAGGCGCCGCUGCACUCGGUGGGCUACACGGCGCUGGUGGGAAACAACCAGGAUUCCUGGGGCUGGGACCUGGGCAGGAAUAAGCUCUACCACGACGGGAAGAACCAGCCCAGCAAGACCUAUCCGGCCUUCCUGGAGCCCGACGAGACCUUCUUGGUGCCGGACGCGUUUUUGGUGGUGCUGGACAUGGAUGAGGGUACAAUGAGUUUCAUGGUGGACGGACAGUAUCUUGGGGUGGCUUUCCGGGGACUGAAGGGCAGGAAGCUGUACCCUGUAGUUAGUGCCGUGUGGGGACACUGUGAAAUAAGGAUGCGGUACCUCAACGGGCUUGAUCCUGAGCCUCUGCCCCUGAUGGACCUGUGCCGGCGUUCGGUGCGCGUGGCGCUGGGGAGGGAACGACUAAGCGAGAUUCACGGACUGCCUUUGCCAGAGUCUCUCAAGAACUACCUGCUCUACCAAUGAUGCUGGGAGUGCCUUUACCUCCGUACGUGGCAUAAACUCCCCAAUACUUUUUUUUUUUUUCCUCUCCAUCUGUCUCUCAAGGAUUUUUUUUUUUCUUCUUCUCUCUGGAUUUGGUACAAAAUCUGACCCAGGACUCUUCUCGUCCAGUGUUUCGGAGGUGUUUACGGUCACAUACUGAUGAUGUCCCUAUGUACUGGAAUCGUUUUGUUGUUUUUGUUUUGUUUCCGUUUUGGUUGUAACAAACACAUAUGGAACACUUUGCAGGCACUGGCCCAAGACAUCCACAACAAAAUGGCCUCCGCAAAUCUCACACCUGUUAGUGUGUUGAAGUGCAAUGAGCUUGGUGGAGCCCCCCCCACCAUGACUGCCAUGGCCUCCUCCUCAUCCUCCUCCCAUCAUCCCUCUCACUUUGUCUGUUUAUUGUUGGUUUUGUUUUUUUUUUCUUUUAAAACUGUUCCAGUUGUGCAGAAUGGGAAUGACGUCAUGGCCGUGUGAUGUGCCCGACUGGUACUAUCUGACAUGCCUGUGUGACUAAGCAGUGGGAUGUUUGCCUGCCGGCACCAUGCCUUUACUUUAUAGGUUUUCGUAGGUAUAACAGGCCAAACUGUAGGCUAAAAAUGGUCUUGAUUUUAAUCAUGAUUAAUUUGGGCUUGGACAUGAUUUUAAGGCCAUGGGAUGCCAUUUUUUUUCUUUUCUUUUUUUUUUUUAAGUGGUGCUUUUUUCUUAACUCCCACCCCCACCCAAAAUCCAUGACAUGGUUCACAAGUGCAUACACGUACAGACCUCAUGGUAUGCAUUACAUUUCCUACCCUAGUGCAAAGACGUCCUCGUGGUAGCUCUUAGUUACCCACCCACCCAACCCAUUGUCAUACAUCUGUUUCUAGACGUGGGUGAGUGGAGGGGAGAGUUGGAGGUGUACGGAUCUCCCAACAGUUUACUUGUCCACGCUGGGUAAACCCAGGCCUGCCUCCCUCCCUGGGCUUUGAGGUAGCUGCAGGGUGGACUCUUCCUCCAAUACCGAACCACAGGAAGCCUCUGAAUCAAGCUGCUCUGUGCAGCGUUCUGACUGCCUCCCCCUCAGCCCUGUGCCCUCCUCCCCCUUGACUACACUCCCCACUGCUCAUGUUUAGGUUCCCACUGCAACAUAAGUGCCUGUAUGUGUGACACCAGAGCAUUACUGGGAGAGGGAGUUUUUAGGAAGCCAUUUUGGGAAAAAAAGUGCUUUUCAAAGGAAUGAUUGAAGGAUUACGUCACUGUGAAAAAAAAAAAAAAAAAUUGUAGCAUCCACUGCUCCUGGACAGAAGUGGCAUGGCUUUCAUCUACGGUCCCCCUUUUGUAAUGUGUCAUACAAAUUAAUGUACAAUCACGUGAUCAAUUAUUUUUAGCCAGUUAGCCCAUCUUGGAUGUCUGAAUACUGUUUUUUUUUUUUUUUUUUUUUUUUUUUUUUUGUUUAGCUUUUUUCCUAUUUGUUUUCCAUAUGAUGGCAAAAAGUGCAUCGACACGACUUGGGUCCAUGAUGGUAGGCCAAGGCCAGGACUAUAAGCAGGCAAUCGUGUCACCAGAUGCUAUUCCAGUUCAAUGGAAUUUGGUGGCAUCAUUGCACACAGUUUGUUUUUGACACUGUCAUUGGGUGGCUCGCUCUGGACUUUGAGCCAUUUGAUCUUCCUCGGUCUAGGGUUAUGGAUUGGGUGAUGAGGAAACUUGUUCCUGUGACCAUACGAGAAACCUGUUUUAAACUUGAUGCAAAGAUGGUGAACAUUUGCCAAGAUAUUGUCAUGUUUCUUUUUUUGGUUUUUAAUUCCUUCCUCCAUCGCUCUCUCUUGCGCUCUCUCUCUCUCUCUCUGUCUCUCUCUUGCUCUCUCUCAAACUUGUGUUGUCAUUCAUAGGCUUUUUUUUUUAAUGAAAAUUGCAAAAUGCCAGCUCUGGUUUGAUGUUCAUGGAUCUGAGCAUGGACAACUGAGCUGCCAGUCUCAUUUUAUAGCCCCUCUGCCUGCAGGUGAUCCCUUUCUCUCUUUGUAUUCAGUGAUGUAGAUAAUGUUAACUCUAAUAAAGUUUAUUAUAAAUUA